AUGCAGUCCAUCCGGGAGCUGAAGUCUAACUUCAGCGGUCCACCUCCUGCCUCCAUGGCCGCCGGCCCUGACGCCUACCUCCAGGGCAGCAUCAGGAUGACUCUGGAAGACCUUGAACUGUGGAAGACAUUCCAUGAAAUUGGAACGGAGAUGAUAAUCACCAAACCGGGCAGGAGGAUGUUCCCACACUGUAAAGUGAAUUUAUCUGGUCUUAUUCAGUGUGCCAAGUACAUCUUACUGGUUGACAUGGUUCCAGAGGAUGGCUUCAGGUAUAAGUGGAAUAAAGAGAAAUGGGAGGUGGCCGGAAAAGCGGAGCCUCAGCCUCCCUGCAGGACUUACCUCCACCCAGACUCUCCGGCCUUAGGGAGCCACUGGAUGAAGCAAAGCAUCACGUUCCUCAAGCUCAAGCUCACCAACAACACACUCGACCAGCAUGGGCAUAUCAUCUUGCACUCAAUGCAUCGUUACCACCCUCGUUUCCACGUUGUCCAAGCAGACGACCUGUUCAGCGUCCGCUGGAGUGUGUUCCAGACUUUCACCUUCCCAGAAACGUCCUUCACUGCAGUCACUGCCUACCAGAACACCAAGAUCACAAAGCUGAAGAUCAAUCACAACCCAUUUGCAAAGGGUUUCAGAGAUGAGGGCACUAAUAAAAAAAGGCAUGCAAACAAAAAUCCGGCAUGCCUAGAAAAAAGGGCCAAGUUACCAGGCGUGUUGAACGAGGACUCCAAGGACAGCAGUUCACCAGGGUUCUGCCAGUCAUCGUAUGAUGGUUAUGAUGGAGAAGAGGGGCGCCUGGCCAAAAGGAAAGACGAGGAUGCUGUAAAGGAAGAGCGGUACUCCCCCUGGGGCGCUGAGAGGCAGCAGGGUGUGAGGACCGACUCUCCCGCUGGGGCCGACACAAGAGAUAUCUACAACACGGAGCAGCUCGUUCCCGCUCCUGCGUCCUACCAGCCGUACAGGGCCCAUGAGUACGGAAAGUCUCCGUCCCCCUCCUCCAGCGUCGGCAGCAGCGUCACCGGAUCUGGACGGAGCAGCUUCGAGUCCAGAGUUACCGACAUUGCCACCGUCCCCGAUCACGACUCCUCGAAGCCUGGCCCUUCGCACUGCGGACCCCAGCCCCUGCCGGGCCCCCAGGACUACAGCGGAGUGCUGAACAUGACCAUGGCCCAGGCCGGCAAGCCGGGGGUCAUCGGCCACCACAUUUACAGCCCCUACAGCACGGAACAGCCGCUGGGCCAGUGGAGCGGGCCGGGACCUGCGCAGUAUCCCCCUCCUCACCCACUGACCGCCGACUACACCACGCAAGCGGUGCACCAUGGCUAUCAUCAUGGCAACGUGGGCGAAUGGAGCCAAUAUCCGCUGUUCUCCUACUCCUGCUGGUGA